CCGACGUCGCUCUGAUCGUUACGAUCUUCCUCGCACAAGAUUGCUGAUUGGGGGAGUGCUGCUCUAAAAUCUAGUCUUACGAACACAACAUUUCCAAGAUGGCUGCAUUCUCUUCAUCGGACACCGAUGUGAUCUCUCGGCCGCUUCCACUCGCUCCGGGAGCGCCUGUGACCUUCUUCACACCUCCUGAACUGGAUGAAUACUACGACAUUCCACGCACGAUUGAGAAAUAUCUCGGCAGAAUACAAGCGAAUCGCACUUCAGUUUCCGGAUGAUCUCCUUCAUGAUUCGGUGCCGGUGUAUCGGAGAUUGAAAGGUGCCCUGGAGGGAUGGGGAGGGAGUUCUAUGUACUGGCGGACACAUCGUAUGGGAGCUGCUGCGUAGAUGAAGUGGCAGCGCAACAUGUCUCGAUGCUGAAGCUGUUGUACUUAUGGUCGCGCCUGCAUGAGCAAGACAUCCCGUCUUCCUGUGAUCUAUGUCUUGGCAAGCAGGUAUCAAUAUCGACCACUGCGUCUCCGCCUUGUCCAAAGUAUUGGAGCUCGACGGCGCCAGUGUGGAGCUGAUGUUUGAAGGGGCUUACCUUCGCACCGCAUGGUUUGGGAUAGCUAGUCUCCGCGAUGCUCUUCAUUCAAAGCUUCAAGUUCCAAUAGCCAUGAAAUCGAUCACACACUCAUUCGAACCAGGUUCAACUACCUCAAUCGAGACCAAGGGACCCCGAUCUUCUGACCACUCCGGCAUCGUAUACAUCGGUGGCGAAGGGCUUCGCUUGGCCAACAUCCUCAUAACACCAUUCCGGCGUCAAUGUGAGUGUACUCGUAUGAUCCAUAAACAAUACAGCACGUCUGGAGUCCUCGAUACACAACCGCCUUCUCAUGGGCGGUACGCAAUUGUCCAGAAGCGCGCGAUUGCGAUGUUUUCGGCAUUCUUGUUGGAACUCUCGGUGUGGGUCAGUCUUCCCCUUUCCCAUCUCUCCACUCCGUCUGACUCGUCCGAAGCAUCUUAUCUUCCUCUCAUCAAGCAUCUCCGGGGAUUGAUAUCGCGCGCGAAUAAGAAGCUACACCCUCGCGUGGGCAAACUCAAUCCGGCCAAACUCGCCAAUUUUAUUGAAGUCGAAUGUUUUGUGCUUGUGGCAUGUCCCGAAACCUCCCUCAUUGACAACAAACGAGCGACCUACAUUCUCCCUCGUCUCAGGCAAGUAUCGCACUGUAAAGCAAUUUGGCCUGAACAAACACGAUACCAAAACCAACAAUCGUGGCUUGUCCGAAUCACUGGAUGCUUUGCAAUACGCAACCCAGAUUCCGCAGUUGCUCUAGCCGAGAAUUUGGUGCCCAAGCUUUACAGGAAGGAGCUUUCAAGGAUUGAAUAUGCGACUAGGGAAAGACGCGCCCAGUGUGCUGGAGCAGGGAAGGAGCGGGAUUGCGAAAGGUUACACGGACGAUCGAUCGGCCUGACUCGACCAUUUGGUCUCAGUUGGCAAUUUAGCAGCGCAGAAUGCUCGGAACAAGGAGCUUUGUGA